AUGUGCAAAGACAAGCUUCAUGAACUGCUUGUCACACUACCCAAAUGCGAGCACCACAUUCACAUAGAAGGGGCUCUCACUCCUCAUCUUCUCUUUAAACUUGCUGCAAGGAACAAUAUAGAUCUUACCUCAAUUGAUGAUCACGAUGGACCAUAUGCCAACGAAGAGCAACUGCAAGCACGUUAUGGAUCGUUCACUUCUCUCACUGACUUCAUCCGGUACUUCUCAUUCGGCAGUACUGUUCUCAUAACGGCCGAGGACUUUGAAGAGUUAGCCUAUACCUACUUUGUCAAAGCACACGAGCAGAAUGUGAAGCAUGCAGAGGUCUUCUUCGAUCCUCAAGCUCAUACAAGUCGUGGCAUUACCUACAGUACAGUAUUACAAGGACUGUCACGCGCAAAACAGCGAGCGCAAGGGGAUUUUGACAUCAGCAUUGCAUAUAUUCCGUGUAUACUACGCCACCACGGCUUGCAGAGUGCAACAAGGAUGUUCCAGGAAGUCACAGAUGCUGGUCACUUUGCGGAGAAUACUGUUGCUGGGCUCGGCAUGGCUGGCGAUGAACUCGUACAUCCACCCGAGUACUUCAAGCCAGUGUUCGACGCUGCAAGGUCAGCCGGGAUACGAUGCACUGCACAUGUGGGUCAAGCAGGUCCCGCGACAUUCGUGUCGUCUGCGAUUGAGAAUCUCAGAACCGGAAGAGUCGAUCAUGCAUGGAUUGCCAAGACAGACAGUCAGUUGAUGCAAAGGCUUGCCGAGACCAAUACGCUCGUCACACUUUGCCCAAUCUCGAACGUUACGCUUGGCUUCAUUGGCAGCAUUGCAGAAGCACCUAUCAGGGAGUUCCUUGAUCGAGGGGUGCGAUUCAGCGUCAACAGUGACGAUCCGGCAUACUUCGGAAAGUAUGUCCAAGAGAACUUUUGCGCUGUCCAGGAGGCUUUCAAUUUGAGUGCAUCUGAUUGGAGCACGAUUGCUAUAAAUGCUGUGGAAGGUUCGUGGUGUUCAGAUGAGCGGAAGAAGGUCCUCAAACAACAGGUUGCUGCGGUGAUAUCACGCUGGCACGCUGCACAAGGUACAUAG